GCUAACCCGCUAAGCAAAACGCCAAAAAGGCAAAAACAUACAAAUGUGAAGAGUAUACCUGCAAAAGCAGGCAAAUAUUGGAAUUAUUCAUUGUUAAUCGGCUCAACAGUUCCUGGACAAUCAAGUAAUUUCAGCAUUGCGCACUUAAGAUUUGCUUCUUUCUGUUGUAAAGAUAAACUAUUGCGCACUGGAGAAGAGGGCAUGCAUUAGUAUCGCCUGCGGGCUUGGAGAAAGAAUAUAAGCAAAUUUGCAUCAGAAAGCUCGGACGAGCGGAAAGUGAAGAACAUAGAACGAAAAAAUGGCGGAGGAGGCAGCAGCUGCGAAAGUGUCAUCAAUAUUCAUCUACCCAAUUAAGUCAUGCCGCGGAAUCUCUGUUCCUCAAGCACCUCUCACUCCUACUGGGUUUCGGUGGGAUAGGAACUGGGUGGUGGUGAACUACAAAGGGAGGGCUUACACGCAAAGGGUUGAACCAAAGCUAGCUCUCGUGGAGAUUGAGCUGCCAAAGGAGGCGUUUCUCGAUGGUUUUGAACCCACCAAGAAUUCCCAUAUGAUUAUAAAGGCUCCUGGAAUGCCUGUGCUUUCAAUACCAUUGACGAAACCACAAGAUGUAGCAGAAGGCGUAUCGGUAUGGGAAUGGUCUGGUUCUGCUCUAGAUGAAGGAGGUGAAGCUGCUAAAUGGUUCUCUGAUUACAUUGGGAAACCUAGUAGGCUUAUUCGUUUUGAUGCAGGAUCACAAAUCAGGCCAGUGGAUCCAGAGUAUGGCCGUGGACACAACAUUAUGUUCUCUGACCUCUUCCCUUACAUGCUCGCCUCGCAGGAGUCUUUGGAUGCACUAAACAAGCUUCUGAAUGAACCCGUUCCAAUUAACCGAUUUCGACCCAACAUACUAGUUCAUGGUUGUGAGCCGUUUUCAGAGGACUUAUGGUCUGAGAUUAAGAUAAAUAAGUCGACAUUUGGUGGUGUGAGGUUGUGCUCCCGCUGCAAGGUACCAACAAUCAAUCAGGACACUGGUGUUGCUGGGUCUGAACCAAAUGCAACACUGAUGCAGUUCCGGUCAGAUAAAGUUCUGCGUCCAGACAAGAAACAGCAAGGGAAGGUUUACUUUGGGCAGAACUUAGUUUGGAAGGACAGCGAAUCAGGAUCAGGGAAAGGAAGCAUCAUCAAAAUAGGAGAUCCCAUUUUCGUACUCAGAAAGGUCUCCUCUCCUGCAGAAGCAGCAGCCUGAUGAUCUCGUCGUCUCAAUAAGGUGGUCGUGUCUGUACGAUCUGCGAGUAGUUCACUACUGUGCAAGGAAUUCCAGGCCAUCUCUUACAUGUAUUCCACUUUGUAAUCUGGUGGUCUGCAUCUCUCCUGAAUAAGAAAUUAGGUAUGAAAUGAUGUAACAGGUUUCCCACCUGAAAGUUGGUGUGACAGUGUUUUAACAUGUAGUUCAUGUAUCUCACAAUAAUUCAACAUGUUUGAAUCCUGUAAGUUCCCCUGUCUGUUCAACCAAGGUGGUGACAGUCCUAUAGCUCUUUUGUGGCUCCUGGUUUUGCUUGGCCCAAAUCUGGAAAUCUGCUCAUUUUGGUAGAACCAGCCAUUUGUUACCAGAUGUUAAGGAAAGUUGGAAGUCUUUUUCACCUUAGGAUUUUCAGCAAUGUAUGAGUUUUGAACUGCAACUGUUUCUAAUUUGGCAUACUGAAAGAGAUCAGGAUAGUAAGGCUGGGAGGAUAGAGAAGGCUGAAGGCCGAUCAAAGUUGAAAACUUUAGCAUCCAUGGCUGCCUUUGGUUGACCUGACCACAAGUGGUUUGAACAAAUAAGAAAAAUAGAUUCCUCAAGUUAAGAUGCCCUCGUUGGAAUUGCAUUUGAAGUUGGCACUUUUAGGCCUCAAUUAAAGAAUCUACAAACCUUGACAUCAUCGCCAAGAAGACCUACCAAAUUAGUACACAAAAAUUGAAAACAAAAAACGGUUCAAUACCUAACAACUGAUUUUGGGUGAGGUUAGUGUGCUAAGUUUUUCUUGUUUAACUUUGUCCUAACGUGCAUUUCUGAGUUCUAGAGUAAGCGAAUCGGAAUGAGAAAUUUGAGCGAGAGGGAGAUUGGAAAAAAAUACAUAUAAGAGGUUUAA